UGGGGGUCGUGGGGACUGUUUGGAACAGUAAAGAACAUUUGCUGUGGCUGCGUGUCCGGGUGCUGGCAGUGACUGUCGUGGUGGGUGGGGAYCGUCCCCCGGGACUGGCUGGGUGCACACGCCUGCUGUCCACGUAACCCUCCUCUCCCUCACAGGCACCGAAAUGGGGCUGUGCCAGGGAUUUGGGAUGGGGGAGCCCCUCGAGGGUGCUGGUAAGAUCGAGGAGCACGGCGGGAUGGGGGCUGGCCCCAUCCUGUGCUUCCGUCAGCACGACAUGGCUGCAGGCCAGCGAGAGCAGCAUGCCAGCACACAGCAAUCCUGCCCAACCUGUUCCUCCGGGCUCAGGGCCCCAGAACCUGCUCUGUUCCCAGCUGGAUCCCCCAGAGCUUGGGGAGCUGCAGUGGAGGACAGGCAGAAGGGGAAGAGUGGCUGGCACAGCAGUGGGGAUGCUGAUGGUACCCAGGCACCCUGGCCCCAAACCAGGAAUGUGAACCCCCCCCCUCCCAACACCCAUUUUUGGGUUCAGCUCAGUUUGGGUGCUGGACUGAGAAUGCUCCUCUCCCCUGGGGURUCUGUGGAGGUGCAGCCCCACUGAUGCUUGGUCUAAAAUCUCCCGGCCUGUAAUGGAUGCCCGGGCUGGAUCCCAGUGCAGCACUGUGACCCCAGGAUACUUCUCUUGUGUUGGUGUUUUCCUGCAAAAAACAGCAGUGGGGGCUGGCGAGGGAGGCCAGGGAAAACAGAGCUGUUGAGCCAGCACGGGAUGGAUCCUCUGCAACUCCUUCCCGGGAAAUUCCUACCUUACAAAAACGCCCAUUUUUGUCCUCAAAGAUUGCAAAACCUCACUAGGAGCAGCCGGACACCCUGUGCCACCCAGCCCUGGGGCCACGGGGACCUCUCAUGGGGGGACCCUGGCCAGCACGGGGAUCUGGUUUCGGUGUUCCAUGGGGUCAGCCCUGCCUUCCUGGAAGGCGGCCUUUGAAACCACCAGCAUUUCCUUAAAGGCUCCUCGGGGGAAAGUCCCGGGGCGCCGUUCCGCUCCCGCAGCGGGACUGUCACACCGCCCGCUGCCUCCAUAAAGCGGCGGGRCGGGCGCGGGCGGCAGCGGCAGGAGCGGCGCGGACCAUGGGCAACUGGCUGGUCAACCACUGGUUCUCGGCAGCCGUCAUCGCAGCCUGGCUGGGCAUCAACAUCUUCCUCUUCACCUACUACUUUCUGUUCUUUGACCGUGACGAGCGCUAUUUCUACACCAGGGCCAUCCUCGGGUCCGCCUUGGCRUGGGCUCGAGCAUCAGCCAAGUGCCUCAACUUCAACAGCAUGCUGAUCCUGCUGCCCGUGUGCCGCAACCUGCUCUCCUUCCUGCGUGGGACCUGCUCCUGCUGCAGGCGGACGCUGCGGAAGCAGCUGGAUCACAACCUCACCUUCCACAAGCUGGUGGCCUACGCGCUGGCCCUGCUCACAGCUGUGCACACCAUCGCCCACCUCUUCAACCUGGAGCGCUACAACCAGAGCCAACAGGCCACGGAUGGCAGCCUGCCCGCYGUCCUGUCCAAGAUGCACCUGCAGGGCAGCAAGUGGCUGAACCCCAUCCACUCCAACCACACGGUGAGCGCCGCCUCGGCCUCCAGCAAGCCAGCAGAACCCAUCCCCUGCUCCCCUAACCCACCCUGUGCCCUGCAGACCGUCGAGUACGUGGCUUUCACCACCAUCCCGGGGCUGACUGGGGUGAUCAUCACACUGGCACUCAUCCUCAUGGUCACGUCCUCCACCGAGUUCAUCCGCAGGAACUACUUUGAGCUCUUCUGGUACACACACCACCUCUUCCUCAUCUACUUUGCUGGCCUCGUCAUCCACGGCAUCGCCGGGCUGGUGCGUGGGCAGACAGAGCAGAGCAUGGCAGAGGUGCACCCGUACCAGUGYGCCGAGUACCUCACGCAGCGGGACCAGAACUGCACCCACCACUGCUGCAAAGAGCCCGAGUUCGGGAGCAUCCCGGCUGAGUCCUGGAAGUGGGUUCUCGCUCCCAUAAUCCUCUAUGUCUUUGAGCGGAUCCUGCGGGUCUGGCGUGCGCAGCAGAAGGUGGUGGUCACCAAGGUGGUCAUGCACCCCGCCCGCGUGCUGGAGCUGCAGAUGCAGAAGAAGGGAUUCCGCAUGGAGGUGGGGCAGUACAUCUUCGUCAACUGCCCCGCCAUCUCCCCGCUGGAGUGGCACCCCUUCACCCUCACCUCUGCGCCCGAGGAGGAUUUCUUCUCCAUCCACGUCCGGGCGGCCGGCGACUGGACAGAGCGUCUGAUCAACACCUUCCAGCKGGAAAUGCCCAGGAUCGAGGUGGACGGUCCCUUUGGCACGGCCAGCGAGGACGUGUUCCAGUACGAGGUGGCCAUGCUGGUGGGAGCGGGCAUCGGUGUCACCCCCUUUGCCUCCAUCCUCAAGUCCAUCUGGUACAAGUUCCAGCAGGCUGACCAGACCCUCAAAACCAAGAAGAUCUAUUUCUACUGGCUGUGCCGGGACACAGGAGCCUUUGCCUGGUUCAACGACCUGCUGGCCUCRCUGGAGCAGAAGAUGGCUGAGUCGGGCAAGGCAGACUUCCUCACCUACCGCCUGUUCCUCACGGGCUGGGACACCAGCAUUGCCAACAACGUGGCGCUGCACUUUGACACUGCUACGGACACAGUGACGGGCCUCAGGCACAAAACCAUCUUCGGGCGGCCCAUGUGGAACACGGAGUUUGCAGCGGUGGCUGCAGCCCACCCCAGGUCAGUGGUCGGUGUGUUCCUCUGUGGGCCGGAGGCCCUGGCAAAGAGCCUGCAGAAAUCUUGUCACCAACACUCCAGYCUGGACCCCAGGAAGGUCAAAUUCUACUUCAACAAGGAAAACUUCUAAGUGGCAGCGAGGCUGAGGCUGCAGCAGGCAGGGACCUUGACUGUAUUGCCUCAACCCUUUCUAAAGCAAGGCUGGGGUAAACAUCUGUGCACACACUGAAGACAAGCAAGGCACAGCAAGGUCCUGCUUCUUAAUGAGAAAUUCCAUGUUCAUAGACUGCUGCCAGGCUGUCCUGGUGUACAAAGCAUCCUCAUGGAGCAACUGUGCCUGUAGCUCCAGAAUCCCCUCUCUGAGAAACCAGAGACAGGGGCCACAAGGAUGCUGCCAGAGCAGCAGGAGCCCAGCAGGUUGGGCAGAACCAYGGGAUGGGGAUGGGACAUGCACACCCACACAGGCAUCCGGGGCCAAACGUGCCCCUCUGAGUUUACACAAUCCUUUGUAUAAAUUAAACUUUCUUUUCUUUGUAAUGAAAGGCUCCACGGUGACUCUGCUGUGCAGGUCCAAAGGAGCCUGUGCUCUGCCCUCUU